GACUCACUGACUGCGCCGGAUAUAGGCAGGAAAGCACGACACUCGCGAGAACCAUUAGCUCCGCCCAGCCUCCCAGCGACGCCCUUGCCGCCAUGUUGCUUAUGGGCAGGUGCCUGAGGCUGACGGCUGGAGAACCCCACUCCUCGAGUCUGACUUCGUCAUCCUGGUCUGUAUGACUUUCUGAGAUUCUGAGUUUCGGUCCCCAGCUCCUGCGUUUGGAAGAUACUAGACUCCGGCUCCUCCCGGGCCCGUGCCCGGUGGUCUGAGACCCGGCGUACAUGACCAAGCCUUAGGAGUGAUCUCUCCGCCUUCAGGUCCACCCAAGGGAUCGAGCAUCUGGGACUUGUGCAUCCACAAAGCCAGAGUCGUGAAGAUUACUCCGGGGGGAAAAGGAAGAAUGCCUCUCUUCUUCCGGAAGCGGAAACCCAGUGAAGAGGCUCGGAAACGACUGGAGUAUCAGAUGUGUCUGGCGAAAGAAGCUGGAGCAGAUGACAUUCUUGACAUCUCUAAAUGUGAGCUCUCAGAGAUUCCUUUUGGGGUUUUUGCAACAUGCAAAGUUCUACAGAAGAAGGUGUUGAUUGUCCACACUAAUCACCUCACUUCCCUGCUCCCUAAAUCCUGCAGCCUCCUGAGUCUCGCAACCAUCAAGGUUCUGGAUCUGCAUGAUAAUCAGCUGUCCGCUCUUCCCGAUGACAUCGGGCAGCUGACCGCCCUCCAGGUAUUGAACGUGGAAAGGAAUCAACUGACGUAUCUCCCACGUUCCAUUGGGAACCUGAUCCAGCUCCAGACCCUCAAUGUGAAAGAUAACAAGCUACGGGAGCUUCCCGACACCGUGGGGGAACUUCGAAGCCUCCGUACCCUUGACAUCAGUGAGAACGAGAUCCAGAGGCUGCCACAGCUGCUGGCGCACGUUCGAACCCUGGAAACCCUGAGCCUCGACGCCUCGUCCAUGGUCUACCCCCCACAGGAGGUGUGCAGCGCCGGGACCCAGGCCAUUCAGCGGUUCCUCUGCAAAGAGUCCGGGCUGGAAUACUACCCUCCUUCUCAGUACUUGCUGCCAGUUCUGGAGCAGGAUGGAGCUGACGCUUCGCAGGACAGCCCCGACGGGCCCACAGACAGAUUCUCCAGGGAGGAGGUGGAGUGGCAGAAUAGGUUCUCCGACUAUGAGAAGAGGAAGGAACAGAAGAUGCUGGAGAAACUCGAGUUUGAACGGCGCCUGGAACUCGGGCAGCGAGAACAUGCCCAGCUCCUUCAGCAGAGCAGCAAUCAGAAGGACGAGAUCCUUCAGACGGUCAAGGAGGAGCAGUCCCGGCUGCAGCAGGGCCUGAGUGAGCGCCAGCGCUGCCUGGACGCGGAGCGGCAGCGGCUGCAGGAGCAGCUGAAGCAAACAGAGCAGAACAUCUCCAAUCGGAUCCAGAAACUCCUGCAGGAGAAUCAGAGGCAAAAGAGAAGUUCCGAGAUCUUGAAGUCGCUGGAAAAUGAGAGAAUAAGGAUGGAACAGUUGAUGUCCAUAACUCAGGAGGAGACAGAGAACCUGCGGAGGCGUGAGAUUGCCUCUGCCAUGCAGCAGAUGCUGACCGAGAGCUGCAAGAACCGGCUCCUCCAGGUGGCCUACGAGUCCCAGCGGCAGAACUUGGUCCAGCAGGCCUGUUCCAGCAUGGCCGAAAUGGAUGAGCGAUUCCAGCAAAUUCUGUCAUGGCAGCAGAUGGAUCAGAACAAAGCCAUCAGUCAGAUCCUGCAGGAGAGUGCCAUGCAGAAGGCUGCAUUUGAGGCUCUGCAGGUGAAGAAGGACCUCAUGCACCAGCGGAUCAGGAAGCAGAUUAAGUUAAUAGAAACAGAGUUAUUGCAGCUGACACAGCUGGAGGUAAAGAGGAAGUCCCUGGACACAGAGGCAUUGCAGGAGAUGGUCUCAGAGCAGCGCUGGGCCCUGAGCUCCCUGCUCCAGCAGCUGCUCAAGGAGAAGGUGCGGCGAGAGGAAGAGCUCCGGGACCUCCUGACAGAGUUAGAAGCCAAAAGCGAAACCAAGCAGGAAAAUUACUGGCUGAUUCAGUAUCAACGGCUUUUGAACCAGAAACCCUUGUCCCUAAAGCUUCAGGAGGAAGGCAUGGAACGCCAGCUGGCAGCCCUCCUGGUGGAUCUGUCGGCCGAACACUACCUGCCCAUCUUUGCCCACCACCGCAUCUCCCUGGACAUGCUGAGCCGGAUGAGCCCUGGGGACCUGGCCCAGGUGGGCGUCCCGGAAGCUGGCCUGCAGCACGAGAUCCUGCGGAGAGUCCGGGAGCUGCUGGGCGCGGCCAGGACCCAGCCAGAGCCGCUGAACCCACCCAAGGGUGAGGUCCUCGGGGCCAUGGAGGUGCCCACCGCCCCCGAGGAGCCUCCUGAGUCAGUGAGCCCAUCUGCUCCCCCGGCAGAACCAGAAGUGCAGACCUCCGAGUGUGUCGUGUGCCUAGAACGGGAGGCCCAGAUGAUCUUCCUCGACUGUGGCCACGUGUGCUGCUGCCAGCAGUGCUGCCAGCCCCUGCACACCUGCCCGCUGUGCCGCCGCGAGAUCGUGCAGCGCCUCCGCAUCUACCACAGCUGCUGAGCUGCGCCUUGCACCCCGCGCAGCCCCCCACCCCUGCCCUGGGCCCGCAGGUGCCCCCCGCCCCCCCUCCAUGCACACCAGGGUGGGAGGGGGUGGACUGUUCCGGACCCUGACUCUGAUGGCUGGUGUGAAUGAUCUGGAGGGAGAGCGGACUCAGGGCCUGAGGACAGGGUCGGGGGUUUGGAGAAGCCUCCAUCGGAGCAGAAGCCUGCGUCCCAGCCUCUGACCAUGCCAGUCCCUGCCCCUCCGGGAGCCUCGGGGCCCUCAUCAGGAGGGCCCUCACCAGGGUAACUUGGACAGCGCCGUCCCUGGUGGUGGGUGGUGGGGUGCAGGAGGGCCCUAGCCCCAGGCUUGGGGAGGCCGUGGGUAGAGCUGUGUGUGGUGGCCCCCUCAGCCCACCCUGGGCUGUCCUGUUGGUCCAGCGUUAGGCCUUGUGCCGCACGCGAUGUGGGUCCCUCCUUGCCUCGCCCUCGGUGUCCAGAUCUACACCUCCUAGCCCCCCCACAGCUCACAGGCAGACAACCAGCUUUAUAGACCCAAAGCAGGAAUGUCAAUAAAUCCACCUCCAGCCUGC